AGAAAACAGUAGACGCGCGCUCCCGCGGCAAGGUGCUAAACAUGGCUGCUCUCAGCAAGUCCAUACCGCAUAGCUGCUACGAGAUAGGACACACCUGGAGUUCCUCGUGUAUAGCCUCCACUCUGCAGGUGACAGCCGGAGCUCUGGAGGUCUCCUUCAAGAUAUAUGCUCCCCUGUAUCUGAUUGCAGCAAUUUUAAGGAGGAGGAAAAAGGAUUAUUACAAGAAAAGGCUGCUUCCCGAGAUCCUGCAGUCUACUUCUUUCCUGACCGCAAAUGGAGGCCUCUACAUUGCGUUUUUCUGCAUUCUCCGGAAGCUUUUGGGACGUUUCUACUCCUGGUCGGCCGGCUUUGGGGCGGCACUGCCGGCCUCAUACAUCGCCAUACUAAUAGAGCGGAAAAGCAGGAGAGGACUCCUAACAAUUUACAUGGCAAACCUGGCAACAGAGACGAUUUUCCGGAUGGCUGUCACAAGGGGUCUGGUUAAGCCUAUGAAACACGGAGAGGUUCUUCUCUUCUGCUUGACUGCAUCCCUCUACAUGUUUUUCUUCAGAUGCAAAGACGGGCUGAAUGGCUUCGCAUUCUCUGCCUUAAAAUUUAUAGUUGGCAAGGAGGAGAUCCCGACACACUCUUGUCUGGCUGAGCAUGCGUACGGACAGGGUUCGGAGAGAGACGAGAGACCGGAGCACACUCCUGCCUCCCGGGGGAGCUGCAUCAGAGCAUUUACACGCAAACUCCUAGACUCCAUAUGCAAACAUGGACCCAGGCAUAGAUGUUGCAAACACUAUCAAGACAACUGCAUCUCCUACUGUGUUAAAGGUUUCAUCCGAAUGUUCAGCGUGGGUUACCUCAUUCAGUGCUGUUUGAAGGUUCCAUCAGCAUUCAGACAGGCCUUUACAAAACCCUCUCGACUGCUCUGGCUGCUCUACAACAAAGAGAACUUCCAGCUAGGAGCUUUCUUGGGAUCUUUUGUCAGUAUAUACAAGGGCACAAGCUGUUUAUUGAGAUGGAUGCGUAACCUGGACGACGAGCUCCAUGCUCUCAUAGCAGGUUUUCUUGCUGGCACCUCGAUGUUCUUUUACAAGAGCACCACCAUCUCAAUGUACCUCUUCUCCAAACUAGUGGAGACACUGUAUUUCAAAGGGAUCGAGGCAGGCAAGUUUCCGUACUUCCCCGAGGCCGACACCGUAAUCUAUGCCAUCUCCACUGCCAUCUGUUUUCAAGCGGCGGUUAUGGAAGUGCAGAAUCUGAGACCAUCGUACUGGAAGUUUCUACUGCGGCUGACGAAGGGCAGGUUUGCUCUGAUGAACAGAAAAGUGCUCGACGUUUUUGGGACCGAGGCUUCUAAGCACUUCGCCGACUUCACGCCUACACUUGACCCCAGAUACGUGCUGUGUCCCGUCGACAUGGACGUACGGCUGGGCUGACGGACCCCGGGUGUCUGCGAGAUGUCUUCCCAGAGACCAACAGUGACACAAAAGGCACGGAAAGCUCUUGCACACGAUCUCUCUCUCUUACAUUCUCUCGCCCUGGCGCUCUAUGUCAUUUAAAUGUGAAGUGAAAGUGUGAAGGCAGUUAUGUUUACGUUGAUGUGGAUCUGAAACAUUGUGCGGGUGUAAUUAGUACAGGCAAGAUGCGACCUCUCUGUACGCACAAUAUCGGCAUCGGUUUGUCUGAAGAUGAUUUGAAGUUCAUAGGAUAAUGGUUGCUUAUUGGAUUUUCAAGGACGGGAUGACGGAGCAGGAAUGUGUUCACGCUAACUCAGCAAUCUCCGGACUGCUUGGGAUCUGACUUGUGACCUCUGUGUUUCAUAGUCCGCAGAAUUAACCAAUCGGCUUUGAGACUAUAAAAUGCAUUUAAUUUUUUAUUUUUCUUCUUUUUUUUUUUUUUUUUUUAAAUCCUGGUAGGAAAGCACGGACACAUUUGUUUACAGCACGGUUGGCCACCUCAGAAGGUGAUGCUGGAUUGUUUUUGCUCAUUGUCAUGUCAAAUCCUACCAAAAAAAAACACAAAACGAUCAAAUCAGUAAUUAACUGUCUGGAUAUGCGGGUUAAGCCAUGGAAAAAAAGACCUUCCUGACAUCAGGGUUGUGUAUGAUCUCUUCUUUGUCUUUAGUGUACAAAUAGAAAUAUAUUGAGACCUUCUCAUAAGUACAGGUUUUAUGGAAAGUUAACACCUUUUAUUGCAUACUUGGUAGUCACAGAUAUUGUUUCGGGAGAGAAAAGCAGAUUAAAAGUCACCCUAAUGGACUUUCACUUUCAGUAGCAGAGAUUUUUUUUAAUUAGCAAUAACAAUAUAUAGAGUAAAAGCUGACAAUAUAAUCGAAGUAUUGCUGUGAAUUUAAAAUGUAAUUUAUGUAAAAGAAAGCCUUAUGUCUUUGAUGUUUGUAUAAAAGCAAAAGCUUUAUAUUAAACAAAUUCUGACGAAA